AGAGAAAACAAAAAGGAAAAGAAUCGCCGUUAAUGAUCGAUGUCGAAAAUGAAGCAUCUCUUAAGGAAACUCCACAUCGGCGGUGGUUUAAAUGAGCACCAACGAUUGGCGGAGGCGCUGCCCGUGACCGCCCCGAGUCCGAACUCGAAUUCCAUGACCGUGGUGGAACCGGAAACGAUGACUUCUUUUUCACCGUCUUCAGUUAAUUCAAGGACAAUGGGGAGAAUCGGGGCCGUUGAACCGGUCGGGGCAGAUCGGACGGCUGGAAAUGAGUUCGAUUUUAAUUUACUGGAAGAGGAGUUUCAGAUGCAGUUGGCUUUGGCGAUCAGUGCCUCCGAUCCCGAGACAGCUCAGAUCGACGCCGCUAAAAGGAUUAGCCUCGCUGGCACCGUCACCGGCGCCUUCGCUGAGUUACUCUCGCUUCGUUAUUGGAAUUAUAAUGUUGUAAACUACGAUGAAAAAAUUGUGGAUGGAUUUUAUGAUGUGUAUGGCGUCGCCUCAAAUCUGGGUGACCAAGGGAAGAUGCCAACUUUGGUUGAUCUUCAAGCAGUAUCAGUGUCGGAUAAUGUUGAUUAUGAAGCGAUUUUGGUUAACAGUUUGCUUGAUCCUGAAUUGCAAGCACUUGAGAAAAGAGUGUAUAACGUAUAUAUGCAGUCCCGAGCUUUUGGAAAUGGCCCAAUUUUAAGUGGCAUGAUUCAGCAAAUUGCGGAAAUAGUUGUUAAUAGAAUGGGUGGUCCUGUUGCUGAUGCUGAAGAGAUGUUGAGAAUGUGGACCUCGAGAAGUUAUGAGUUACGGAAUUCUCUUAACACUAUCAUUCUUCCACUUGGACAGCUUGAUGUUGGACUUUCUCGUCACAGAGCCUUGCUUUUUAAGGUUCUAGCUGAUAGAAUUAACCUCCCCUGCAUGCUGUUCAAAGGGAGUUAUUACACUGGUACUGAUGAUGGAGCUGUGAACUUGGUUAGAAUCAACAACGGGAGUGAAUAUAUAAUUGAUCUGAUGGGUGCUCCUGGGACACUAAUUCCUGCUGAAGUGCCAAGCUGUCACCUCCUAAAUUCUGCACUGGAUGUAAGGGGCUUUGCUGGUCGUAAAGAUGCUUCUCAGAGUCCAUCUUUUCUGCUUGACAAAGGAAUUGAGAAUUUGGCAGUUUCAGCUGCUCUUGAUAUGAGCCCUAAAGUUAGCAGUCAGGCAAAUGAAGAGGAACGGAGCCAUGCUGAAAGAGCUGUCCUUGAGAGAUUUGAACAAGACUUUGGGAAGCUUCUUCCCUUGACGCCUAAAUCCAGUGAAAAUGUUUCUGGCUUCAAUGAAAACCCUUCAUCAGUGCAAAAGAGAAAGGUUAAAAAUGUUUCUAAGUAUGUUAUCAGUGCAGCAAAGGACCCAGAAUUUGCUCAGAAGUUACAUGCUGUUUUGAUGGAGAGUGGUGCAUCACUUCCUCCAGAUUUAUUCAGGGAUAUUAACUCACAUGAUCUCCGUGAACACAGUGGGCCUGAACAAGUAGUAAAAGGGACAACUGUAGAAGCUGCCGCUAGCUGCAAUUCAAAUGAGGUGCUAAUCAAUGUGCACUGUCUUAUAUCCUCUGGCGCGGAGACUACAGAAAAUGCUGAUUCAAAUCUUAGACAAAACCACAUGGCUAAAUACCAAAGAGAGUUUGGAAUGAAUGACAUAAAAACUAACGUUGCAUCUUCAUCUGAUGCUACAUGUGAGGAAUUUCCUGUUGGUAAUACGACUAAUGUGCGGACACAAGUUUUUGAGACUUUCAUCUGCUCUGCUAACGAGUUUUGCCAAAUACAGCCAGAAAAUGUCUUGGCAACAGAUGACAAGUUAAUGCGAAGGACGUCUGGUGCAGAGUUCGAUAAAGAAUCUGCAUCAGAAUUCAUUGAACCCACAGGUGAUUUGCAUUUGAUUAGUAAGGCUCACAGUGAGAAGAUACAUCCUAUGCUUAGAGAGGUUUCAAAAUGGGAAAUUCCAUGGGAGGAUCUUCAAAUUGGUGAACGCAUUGGUAUUGGAUCAUAUGGUGAGGUCUAUCGAGCAGAUUGGAAUGGCACUGAAGUUGCUGUGAAGAAGUUUCUAGAUCAAGACUUCUCCGGUGAUGCAUUAGUUCAAUUUAAAUGUGAAGUUGAAAUCAUGUUAAGGUUGAGACAUCCAAAUGUUGUUCUUUUCAUGGGAGCUGUUACUCACUCCCCACAUUUCUCUAUACUAACAGAGUUUCUGCCCAGGGGAAGUUUGUAUAAGCUAUUGCAUCGACCCAAUCUGCAACUUGAUGAGAAGAGACGGAUGCGAAUGGCUCUUGAUGUGGCUAAAGGAAUGAAUUAUUUGCACACAAGCCAUCCUACUAUAGUGCAUCGAGAUUUGAAAACACCAAAUCUCCUUGUCGAUAAGAACUGGGUUGUAAAGGUCUGUGAUUUUGGGUUGUCACGCAUGAAGCAUCACACAUUCCUCUCUUCAAAGUCUACGGCUGGAACGCCUGAAUGGAUGGCACCGGAAGUUCUACGGAAUGAACCAGCCAAUGAGAAAUGUGACGUGUACAGUUUUGGUGUGAUAUUAUGGGAGCUGGUUACGCUAUGUAUUCCUUGGAAAGGUCUGAACCCGAUGCAAGUUGUUGGAGCUGUUGGAUUCCAGAAUAGGCGUCUUGAAAUUCCUGAAGAUGUUGAUCCAAUGAUUGCACAGAUCAUACGUGAAUGUUGGCAAACGGAUCCACAUCUCCGACCAUCAUUUGCGCAGCUCAUGUCCCGACUACGACGUCUUCAACGGCUGUAUAUUGAAGGGCCAAAUUUGGAGAAUAAAUUUAUAGGAUGAUCUAGUGCAAAGUGUGUUGAUUUAAUAAGAGCUUGCUCGAUCAGCUUUUCCCUGGCUCGAAGACCCAGGCACGGCCGGAAAGAUUUACUUUCUAAAUGUGCAAAGAAAGUUAAAAAAGAGUGAGGAAGCGUGAAGUGCCGGCUCAUUCGAAGCGGGGGAUCGGCACUUCCUGUCCUGAAUGAGAGUGAUUCCUCUGUUAAGUAAUCAGCUGCAUAAUUGCAAGGGAGGAUAACACUUGAAAAUUGUGUCUAGUAUUAUGAAUAGGUUAGCAUUUGUCAACUGUAAGAAAGUACAAAAACAAAGUGAAAAG